UCUACAGAAUUCAAAAUGGCGGACAAGGGACAGAGACCGGAUGAUCACAGGCGGAAAUGGGAUCUCUCGGAGUAUGAGAAAGCGGCGAAGAUGAGAGAGGAUGUUGAGAAGGCUAUGAAUAGGGAUAGGUCGGAUGAUGGAGAGAAAGUGAAGAGGGAUUUACUCCGAACUCGAGAUUACAAAGUAGAUUUGGAUUCCAGACUAGGUAAAUCCACUGUUAUAACCAAGAAUACCCCACAGUCCGCUACAGGAGGAUACUACUGUAACGUGUGUGAUUGCGUAGUCAAGGACUCCAUCAAUUUUCUGGAUCACAUUAAUGGGAAGAAACAUCAGAGAAAUAUGGGUAUGUCCAUGAAGGUGGAGAGGUCCAGCCUUGAUCAGGUGAAAGCUAGGUUUAAUAUGAACAAGCGGAAGAUGGAAGAGAAGAAGAAAGAUUAUGAUUUCGACCAGAGACUGGCAGAACUCAAGGAAGAAGAGGAGAGAGCUAAAGAGUAUAAAAAGGAGAAAAGAAAGGAAAAGAAGCGUAAAACAGAUGAUGAUGGUGAUGAGCUUGGCGGAGACCCAGCUAUGAUGGCGCUUAUGGGAUUCUCAGGGUUUGGAGGAUCAAAAAAAUAAUUCUUAAAACCACCUCCCCCCCUCCCCUCUCCAUGCCAUCAUCUUCAUCUUCCCCCAUCACCGAAAAGAACUGUAUUACCACAAAUAGUGGUCCUUUAUUUCUUGUGUUCAUUUUCUGUAAAGUUGUUGAAAAUUGAUUGCAUUUGUAAAACUAAAAAAUUUCAGA